AUGAGCUGCAACUCUGCCUUGUCGAGUGUUGAGGAUAGAGGUCGGGAAUUUCCGUCAAAGUGUCACUGCGGGCGAGAUGUCGUCAUUUUCACGUCGAAGACCCAAGAAAACCCAGGCAGACCCUUCUUUCGAUCUCCAACCAUGAAAGAUAAUCAUUUGUUCAAGUGGGUGGAGGAUGGCGUGUAUGAGGAAGUUUUUGAUGCUUUGCCGAGAAUCUCGAGUAUUGAAGGUGAGAUUGAAAAUGCUAAAUUCGAUGUUGGUGACGAAAUCGAAGGUUUGAAGGGUAGAAUCCGUGAGUUGGAGGAAGAUUUAUUGCUGACCAAAAGGGAGAUUAACAAUGCCAAAUUGAAGAUCAAAUGUAUGUGCUUCGUGUGCCUUUGUGUAACUGUGUUUGUCAUUGUGAUGACAAUGAUUGUUAAAACAAAGAAACAGCAAAUGGUUCUUGGUUCCAUGUAG